CUGGAAUGCUUGCUGCUUUCCCUGCAGGAUUAUAAACUUUGAUAUUCAGAAGAGCAAGACUGAAAGAUGCCAUCUGAGAGGUGCCUGAGUGUUCAGGAAAUGCUGACAGGUCAGAGGCUUUGUCAGUCCAGCUCCCAUAAUGAUGCUGUUCUGGCAGCUCUGAACCAACAAAGAAGUGAUGGCAUACUUUGUGAUAUCACCCUUAUUGCUGAAGAACAGAAAUUCCACGCACAUAAAGCAGUCCUGGCAGCCUGCAGUGACUACUUCCGAGCAAUGUUCAGUCUCUGCAUGGUUGAAAGUGAAGCUGAUGAGGUGAAUUUGCAUGGUGUCACAAGCCUUGGUUUAAAACAAGCCCUGGACUUUGCGUAUACUGGACAGAUCCUCUUGGAACCAGGAGUUAUACAGGAUGUCCUAGCAGCUGGGAGUCAUUUGCAGCUGCUGGAGCUUCUCAGUUUGUGCUCUCACUAUCUCAUUCAGGAAUUAAAUAGUUUUAAUUACUUGGACCUGUAUAAGCUUGCAGACCUCUUCAACCUCACUUUGCUGGAGAAUGCAGUCGUUGACUUCUUAGUAAAACAUCUCUCUGAGCUAUUGAAGAGUCAUCCAGAAGAAGUCCUGGCACUCCCAUACCGUCUCCUUCGAGAGGUUUUUAAAAGUGAUAGACUCACUUCACUCAGUGAAGAACAAAUCUGGCAGAAUAAAUGGUUAACCCGUAGCCCGAUGUUGCAGAGGAGAGUGUAUCAUUCCAUGGCUGCUGUCCAAAGGAAACUUUACGUUUUAGGAGGGAAUGAUCUUGACUACAACAAUGAUCGGAUCCUCGUUCGGCACAUAGACUCCUACAGCAUAGAUGCUGACCAGUGGACACGCUGUAGCUUCAACAUGUUGACAGGUCAAAAUGAGUCUGGAGUUGCUGUCCACAAUGGUAGAAUAUAUUUAGUUGGUGGCUAUUCGAUUUGGACAAAUGAGCCUUUGGCAUGUAUCCAGGUGCUGGAUGUUAGCAAGGAAGGGAAGGAAGAAGUAUUCUAUGGGCCUACACUCCCCUUCGCUUCCAAUGGAAUAGCAGCAUGCUUUCUUCCAGCUCCUUAUUUCACAUGCCCCAACCUUCAGACUCUGCAAGUGCCUCAUCACAGGAUCGGUGCAAUGUGAGACAAGCAAUGUGCACUUCAUAAAAUCAGAAGUGGAGGAGAGGGAAAACCAAACCCUGCAUAUAGAAGGGUUUCUCUGCAUCAGAAGAAUCAAUCCACAUGGGCUGCUGCUUUACCUUCACACAUUUGUCUUAAAGUUGGAUCACAGGCAGGAAGGAAGAUACAGAAACUUUCUGCAGUUUCUCUCCUUUGCCUCAGAUAUAGAAGCAUUUACAUGAGAGCGUUGGGCAUUUCUGCUGGUGACUACUUGCUACCUGUCUCUACUUCAUUUCCUUAUGCAGCUUCAUAAGGCAUUGUGAAUACUCUCAGCUCCUCCUGGGCUGCGCUUCUUUGGAGUCCGCACGCUCAGUUGUUCACUAAUGGCACUUUCAAAGCUGAUAUAAAGCUCUGUUUAUGUUGACAAAGAUGAUAUAAUACUGUGGUAAUUAUGCAACUUACUCGAUACCUUUGGCAAAAAGAAUAACAAAUGUAUUGACUUCCAAUUCCAAACUCCAUCGUUUACAGUUUCUCAUUUAAUAAUACUUCAUUUGACAUUUAAAUACUGCAAAGCAGAUUAAAACAAAAAUAAAAACCAAAAUAGCUCUAUAGUAAAUAAGGAACAGGUAGAAAUUGUCUUAGCUGAAAGACAGAGACACUGAAGCCUCAUGGUUGAACCAAGUCUCAACUGAAUGUGUUUGUUUGAGAAUCUAAAGAUCAUUUGCGAUGUCAUUUACCAAGGUCUGCUAUCAAAUAAAUGUUACCUUCUGUCAUAUGA